AUGCAGCUCUCGGGAGCCGGCGGCGGCGGUGGGGGCGGUGGCGGCGCCAGCGGCGACCGUGACCCUGAGUGGGCGUCGCGCCUGCUGCUGCACUACCCGCAGUUGGCCAGCGCCGCCUUGCACGCGCAGCGCAGCUCGCUCUUCUCGGAGACGGAGUUAGGGCGGGUGAUGGCGCCGAUCGCCGAGCUGGACCUGCUCAAGUGCUCCCCGCCGCGCUACUGCGUGCUGUCGCCCGAGGAGCUGGACCUGGAGGUGCGCGUGUCGUCGUCGGCGGUGCGCUCGCUGUGGGAGGCGCCGAGCGACGACGAGGAGGACAUGGACGACUUCGUGCCGCGCCCCGGCACCUCCACGCCCAUCAAGACACGCUGCCAGGACUCGCGCGAGACCGUCCCGCUGUACCGCUGUUCGUCGGAGGCGUCGUCGACCGUGCGCUCGGCGUCGCCGCCCAGCAGCGCGUCGCCCGCGCCCUGCUUCCUGGCGACGGCUGCCGCCGCCGCGGCCUCCGUCGGCUCCGCGCGCGCCGACUCCCCGCCCGGCCGCCGCCUGCGCGCCGCCCCGUCCGACGCCGCCCACUUCGACCGCCUGCUGCGCAUCAUCGUGGACGAGGAGAAGUGGCGCGUCGCCGACGCGGCGCUGCUGCACCAGCCCAUGCUGAACCUGAACUGCCUGGCUUGCGACGUGCUGGACUUUGAGCAGCAGCUGGACGAGGACACAAAGACGUGCAACCAGAGCGCGCAGGAGAGCUGGGUGGACAAGACGUCGGCGGAGACGGAGCGCGAGUCGGCGGCGCGGUCGGCGCUGGAGCCCAAGCGCUCGGCGCCCAUCGUCUUCACGUCGACGACGGUGCCCGAGAGCUCGGGGGUGCUGCACGUGCCGGCGCAGCCCAGCCGGCCGGCGUCCUCGCCCGACAGCCGCAGCGCCUCCGAGCACACGGCCGCCACCGCCAUCCUGCGCUUCCCCGAGCCCUCGGCCCUCCCGCCCGACGCCGGCCGCCACCCCUCGGCGUCUCCCUCGCCCUCGCCCCAUGCCCUCGGCCCGCGGCCUCGCCGUCGCCCACCCCCUCCCCACGCCCCUCCCCUCGCCGCGCCCACGCCGAGCCCGACGCCUGCCGGGCCCGACGCCCCGCGGCGGCCGGGCGCGGCGGGGCGGCGCGGCGCCGCCGACUCGCGGCCGUGCCGCCGCCUCUACCGCGACGUUUGCUGCCAGCAGCGCGCGGAGCGCCGCCCCGAAGCCGCCGCCGCCGCCCCGCCCGCCGCCGGCGCUGUGGCCGCUUGCUGUCGCUGGCGGUGGCGAGCCCGUCUGGAGCAGGACCUGCCGCCCCCGCCAAACUCGACUGCGCGCUGGCGAAGCCGCCUUCGCCCACGCGGCCCGCGCCCGCUCACCGAGCCGCUCCUGCCACAAGGCCGCGCCCGGGAGGAAGGCUGCUCCGCGCACAAGGCGCGCGCCCCCGCCGCCGCCGCCCCCGCCGCCGCCCGCCCCCAAGGAGCGAAUGCACGCCGCAUUUUGAUAAAUAUUUUUAAAGAUUUCUUUUAUUCUCCAAAUGUUCUGGUCUGCCACAAACAUUUCAAACAAUGUGAUAUCCUCUGGGAAGUCAGUGCUGUGAAUGAAAAAAAUAACAAGGAAAGUAGUAAUUGUAAAAGAUCUGCUGCCUUUAGUAGUAGGUUUGAAAAUUAG